CGUAGACGUUACCAUUAAUUGGAAAACCAUGGUUUCAAUUGUUGCCUAUUCUCAGCGUGGGACGUGGCUUGUGGUUCUUCUGAAGUCAAAAUCGGCUCCGCCACCAAGCUCAGCCUAAUCUUCUCUCUCCGCCACCUCUUUGGCGGCGGCGGUUCAAAUCUUAGCAUUUUUUUUCUGAGAAUCCAAACUACCAAAACCCCCACUUCCACUGGCCUAUUUGCAUCAGAAACCUUCUUGAUUCGCUCGAUCCGUCUCUCCAGAAUCUUCUAAUGGCGACCCCGGUUGUGCGGUUCCCUAUCUUUGCGGUGGUGAGAAUACUCGGCGUCGCCCUUGCCGCAUUGGUAUUGAUAUGGAACGUUCAUUUCAGAGGCGGAUUGGCUCUCGUCUCCGAUGAUAGAAACCAAAUUUUCAAUGUUCAUCCUGUAGUGCUGGUGAUUGGCCUUGUGGUUCUCAACGGCGAAGCCAUGCUAGCAUACAAGACGUUGUCAGGAACAAAAAAUUUCAAGAAAUUGGUUCAUCUGUCCUUGCAAUUGCUGGUCUUCUUCUUGAGCAUUAUCGGAGUGGUGGUUGUGUGGAAGAAUCGUAUUGAGAGGGGCAAAGAGAAUUUCUAUAGCCUCCACUCAUGGCUGGGCCUUCUCUCGCUUUUCUUGUUUGGAAUCCAGUGGACUUUGGGAUUUCUAACCUUCUGUUAUCCUGGCGGAUCAAGAAACGGGCGAGCUAGCUUGCUACCAUGGCAUGGAUAUUUGGGUCAUUACAUCUAUGGUCUGUCUGUUAUUACCUGCGCCACAGGCUUCCUAGAGAGGGCAACAUCUCUUCAAACGCAUCAGAUAAUAUCUCGCUAUUCAACUGAAGCGAUUCUAAUAAAUUCCAUGGGUGUUUUAACUGUUGUUUUAGCUGGUUUGGUGAUCCUUGGACUUGUAUCCCCUGUUUACAGAUAUGGUGAUAAACUCAACGGCACAGGAAAGCCAGUUUUCGAGGUGUAGAGUAGCCUAUAUACAAUUCAUAGAAACUGCUCUGUUUUUUUGUUAUAGAAAUUACAAGGCUUUGUGAGCC